CUUGGAGCCUUUGCGAUCGCACCUGUCCACCUUUCUUUCCCAAAAUACACGCCAUCACUUUCGUCUUUACAGUAGCAACACGCACAACAGUCUACACAAGGUAAGCAGCCACAAAUCCCAUCCCUAUAUUAUGUACACAGCAGCCCAUAGUUCCCCUUUCUCUCGCGAUGAUGAAAAUGGAAGCGCAUCAGCGUCACGCAAACAGCAAAACAUUCGCAGGGCGCUGUGAAGCUCUGCCUUUUCGUUGUCCGCGGUCAGCUGAGGCACAUCCAUCUUUUUCAUCACACAAGGAACCGAGGAACGGACAAGGCAGACGGACAGACGGUGGAAGGCACAAGACAGAGAUAAGAUCAAGGAAGCAGCCAAUUGCACCCAAGGCCAACUGCACCCAGGGCCAGCCAGGAAAGCCAGCAGGCAGGCAGAGCGACGUCCUGCCCUGGCUGAGUGAGUCACUCGCCCAUGAACUUGUAGAAGAAUUGCAUGUUCCUGUGGCCCCACUCGAGCCUGAAGCACCCGUUGCCAUCGAAGGAGAACCCGAUGCACCGCUUCGUGAUGACGCCGUCGAAGUCGCUGGGGAACCGCCCCAACAGAUCCCUGUACUGAUCGCGAGUCACCACCACACCACCUGCACAGCACACAAUCAAGCGUCACACGUGUACGGAAAGAAACCGUCUUCGUUUGCCUCUGCCUCUGCCUCAUUCGCCCGCUUCGCUUCACCUGUCCGAUUGGCGAGAAUGAGCAGCGCAAUAUCGUCAUAGCUAUGCAGCGGCCCCGGCGGCAUGGGCAUUUGCAUCCCCUCGUGGCCGCCACCGUCCGACCCCUCGAAAGCACCGGUGUGCCACACCUUCUUCUUGGCGUAUGGCACCAGGAUGCGCUUGUCGAUGGCGUCCAGCUUCUCCUUGUACUCGUAAUUGGCUACCGGCACCCCCGGUGCGCCGCUGGCAGUGGUGGCGAUGGGGCGGCGGAGGUACUUGUCCUCAACCAACGCGCGGACACUGUGCUUGUCAUACCCUCUGCACACACACACACACAGACACACAGACAGAAACGAGCGGGUGUGUGCCUUUGUUGGCCUUUGUUGUGUGUGUGUGUGUGUGUGUGGUGGGUGAUGACGUGACCGCACCGCUUCAGGAACCAGCUGACGGCCCUGUAGAGGAGUUUGUAGUCGAAUGGCGGCAUGUCCUUGUGCUUGUGCGAGAAGCGGGCGACGUUCGAUGCGUCGAGCAGGACGGGCCGCCGGUGGCCCAUCUCGAAGUUGGGCUGCGGGAAGGGAUGAUACGAUGCCGCCGAGUCGGCAUCGUAGCGCUCGAAGCUCAAGGUCUUCUCGAAACGGAUAUCAUCAUUGACGGGAUCAUCGUUGGUCUGCGCUACGCUCCUUUCUGCUGCGGAAUGUGUAUCCAUCUCUCAGGC